CGGAUCAUCUACUGAUGCAGGGACCCAGUCUUUGUUCGAGGCGAUCCAGUUGAUUAUUAAAGUUCUGCGAGUUGUCAAACUGUUCCGGUUGACACUAUUAUGUCUGGAAAUCAGGGUUACCCAGAGCAUAUAGAACAUAUGCCAAGGUUACCAGAGUACGAAUAUCCACCACCUUGGAUACCAUAUGCAGAGAGGAUGGACCACCCAGACUACAGCACUGACCACAGACAGUUCCUGCCAAGGAAGAUUCAGCUGAUCCGAGAACGAGCCUCGGAGGCACUUGGCUUCAACAUCCGAGGUGGCCGGGAACAUUACUGUGGAGUCUAUGUGUCUAAGGUGAUGCCAAACAGUGAAGCCGACCGUCUUGGACUCAACGAAGCAGACCAGAUUUUGUUGGUGAAUGAUAUUGACUUUGAAAGUAUUGACCACAGUGAGGCUGUGAAGAUUCUCAAGAUGAACACCAACAUACACAUGGUUGUGAGAUAUUUUCCAUAUGGUUAUGAUAAAACAUAUGAUAAAAACCGACCAGCUCAACAUCAAGUGAAUCGACCUGGCACCGGUGACCCUUAUCAUGGAUCUACAUGAUGGGUCAUCACAGAAAUCACCAGUGUUUAGUCUCUUGCUCAUAUCAACUUUCAUUAAUUAUUAUUAGAAGCGCUUCACGGCGUAAGGGCAAGACACAUGUCGCUCUUCACAUCUUGUCUUGUGUCUGGGGCGAUGUAUAUUCAUUUCUGAUGUAUAUUCAUAGAUAAGAUUCAGUUGACUGUAUGAUGUGUUAACAUGAUCAAGUGGGUGUCGUUUUGACAUGUUGGUGUCAUCAGAAAUGGCUUCAACACAUUUUCCUUAUGGGCUAAUCAAAACUUUGUCCUUCAGUGUGACAAGUGGACUAAGUUUGAUUCACCCAUUAGGAAAAUGUGUUGAAGCCAUUUCUGAUGCCACUUUACUGUUGAGCUACACCACUGCCCCACGAAGGUUCUGUAAUCAAAAGAUGAUGCUGGCUCAGUACAGUUAUAGUUUUGUACUCCAGAUAAUUUAUCAACAUUCUUAUCGGAACUGACGAGUACAAGACAUGUUGUCUCCUACCAGUUGAUUGUAAUGUGCUGCUCAUUUGUAAAAUUGAUGCAUAUAUUUAUCAUAUAUCGUGUAUUUCACCUGUCCUGCUCACCAAUACAUUGUUUAUCAGGUCGUUCAUGAUGAGUGUUUCUUGACCAUCUCUACAUUAAUUUGGUUAGAUAUUCAUCAACACACUUUGCUAUGCCAUUUUUCCACAUUCACACUUUGGUAAGGUAACAAUUUAUAUUUUGAGCAUGUGGUAUUGUUUGCUUGCAUAUUUGAUACCAUUGUAAUUUGCAGUCCGUCCAUACUUUCAUCUGUAUGGUACAUGGAUACAGCAUCUUUCUGGACAAACUAAACCCAAACUAAACCCAAACCAUUUGCAUCAUGUUGGACCAUCUACUGUGGAAUGAAUCUCUGAGUUGAUGUCAGGUUUAUAUAGAGGGUCCAAGUCUACAUCUAUUCAGAUCAGUAGCUAUCAGAGUGAGUGUGUGAGUUUAGUUUUACUCCGCACUCAGCAAUAUUCCAGCUGUAUGGCAGCUGUCUGUAAAUAAUAGUCUGGACCAGACAAUCCAGUGAUCAAC